ACUACCCCUGUGGCCCAUCGCACCAGCAGGAGAGCCUCUACUAUUCGUUUUCGGUUGUUUUUCCCAUCUGAUACGAGUAACUAGGCCAACAUGCCCCCCAAGUUCGAUCCCACUGCCAUUACUAUCGUGAACCUCCGUGUCACCGGUGGUGAGGUUCCCGGUGGUGCCACCCUGGCCCCCAAGAUCGGUCCCCUCGGUCUCGCCCCCAAGAAGGUCGGUGAUGACAUCGCCAAGGGUACCGCCGACUGGAAGGGUCUGCGCAUUACCGUCCAGCUCACUGUCCAGAACCGUAUGGCCAAGAUCGCCAUCGUUCCCUCUGCCUCUUCCCUGGUCAUCCAGGCCCUGAAGGAGCCCGUCGUCGACCGCAAGAAGGUCAAGAACAUCGUUCACAACGGCAACGUCACCAUGAAGCAGAUCAUCGACAUCGCCCGCAUCAUGCGCGAGCGCUCCAUGGCCAAGACCCUGACCGGCACCGUCAAGGAGAUCCUCGGUACCGCCUACUCUGUUGGCUGCACCAUCGACGGCAUGUCCGCCGCCACUGCCACCGAGAAGGUCACCAGCGGCGAGAUCGAGAUCCCCGAGGCCUAAAUUUCUACAAAACUUCGUUGGGACUCACUCGACCUACUAUUCCACACUGUUGUGUGUCUCUUUCACCCGGAAACCCAAUACAUGUGGCUGU